CUUAUCUCACAGCCUGAGAUAUUCUUAAGCUAUCUGAAGUCAUUAAACGCGGGAUAUUGUGCCUAUAUAAUACUCCCUUGGGUCCUCCUGCACUCUCUAGUCUAUCAUAUUCUUCAAGCCUACUUGUGUCCCCAUUGAGCACCACUACUGCCUUGACCUAGUUACGGGAAGAAGAUUCCAUAAAGAUGGCUGAGGAGAGCAUCUACAUCUACGUACCCAACAAAAUAGCGCCUAUUAUAUUUGCCAUAGCAUUUGCCGCCUCGUUGGCCCUACACUUCUGGCAGUGCAUCCACUACAAAUGUUUUAAGCUCAUGAUUCUGCACCUCGUGUGCUGCUUGAUGUUUACUAUUGGGUUCGCCUUGCGAGAAUACGGCGCCUUCCACCAUUCAUUCAGCAAGCCAGAUCUCUAUACCUACAUUGCUAGCACAUGUCUAAUCUAUAUGUCUCCACCUCUCCUAGAGCUAGCCAAUUACCACAUUCUCGGCCGUAUCCUUUACUACGUUCCCUAUCACUCUCCAAUCCACCCCGGUCGAGUCCUGACUACUUUCGGCAUACUCUCCACCGUCGUGGAGGUCUUGAAUGCCCUAGGCGUUUCCUACCUUGCGAAUCCAGAGUUGCCAGAAUCCACCAUCAAGCUCGGCCAUAUUCUUAUGAAAGUAUCACUCAUAGCUCAAGUCCUAGUUAUUACCGUGUUCUGUUUCCUAGCGGUAAUAUUCCAACGGCGGUGCUACAGAUCGGGUAUUCGCAGUCGCCGUGUCUCCGCUCCUCUAAUCACCCUAUAUAUCAGCACCUUCCUUAUCUUCGUACGAUGCAUCUACCGCAUCGUCGAGCACUUUGGCGCCUCAAAGAUCGGUCCUUCAUCGUCGGGAGACCUCGAGGGUCUCAGCCCUAUUCUGCGUCACGAGUGGUUUUUCUAUGUCUUUGAGGCGAGCCUCAUGCUUGUCAAUACCCUCAUGUGGAACUGGCGCCACCCAAGAAGGUUCCUCCCCGAGAGAUCUAAUGUUUAUCUUGCGCAGGACGGCGAGACAGAACUCAAGGGACCCGGUUGGAAGGAUCAGCGCCCGUUCCUGGUGACGCUGUGUGAUCCUUUCGGCUGGUUUGAUUCGAACAAGAAAAAGGAGCGCCCAUUUUGGGAGAAUAAUGGGUAUACGCUUGUCAAUAGUGGAGUAUGAUAUGUUGAUAAGCCUUGCGUUCAGGUGUGGCGUUCCUGGUGGCGAUUUAUUCCUUUUGUUUUGUCUCUUACUUUUCGUGGAUUAGUUGGCGUGCAUCGGCGUUUCUAGAAUUUGCAUACUUCUUGGCUUUUCCAGUAUAGCAUCUUGUAUCCGGGUUUGGUAUUCAUGUUUCACUAGUGAGCUAUCGAUGCUUU